UAGGAAAAAACAAACGUCGUUUCAAAUCUCAUCAGCUUUUCGAAACUCGAAUCAAAGGUUGGGCGGGCUAAGAAGAUGGAAGAGAUAAGCGGAGGUGGAGAUACAACGAAGAACACUAUGGCAUCUCUGGGAAUCCUGUGUGAGAAAGAUAUUGAGGAACAGCGGCUUCAAAUCGAUUCCUUCAUCGCUUCCCCCUUCCAGAGGUCUAUGGACUCCGUACUUGCCCGAGCUAAAGCUACUGCACAGAGCCAAGUGGAACUAGCGAAUGUGAAAGCGGAUCUGAGAGAAGCAGAGGAUGAGCUCGUUAACGUGUUGGCAGUGAAAACCCGUAAAGAGGCAAAGCAAAUGGGUUUAAGGGACUCCAUUUCUGCAACACAAUCUCGAAUCCAAGUUGUUAAAAGAACUCUGCAGUUACACAAGUCAAACAAGGAAGAGCAUUCCAAAACUAUCUCCCACCGUUUGCAAGGCUUAUCAGUAUCCAAGGACAAUGCUGGUAAAGUCACGGGAAACAAAUCCAAAAUUGAUGAAGCCAUCUCUUGGUAUAAUCAGGCUCUUGGCUUUCAUGUUGAAGCUGGACAUGGAGUUAAGUUCACAUUCACCAACAUUGAUGCAAAAAGGCCCACACGCGAGUUUUCAUUCACAGUUCACUAUGGAAAUGACAUCUACACACUAUUGGAUUGCAACCCACAUUUAGAUGACAUGGAUGAGAUGGUCCAAGAAUUGAAUAAAACCAAUGACCUUUUCGGAUUUGUUCGUCUGAUGAGGGAUAAGUUUCAGAAAGCUACCUUAUCUGAACUACCAGCACACUCAGAAAAUCUGCCACAGGAAACUUCCAUCAUAUCUGCUUCAGCUCCAGCUAUGUCAAUUACUACUGAUACAAGCAUGUUAACUCCAGAGAACAAGGUAUCUAAGGUUCAAGUGAAUCGGCGACAGAAGCGAUCUAGCAAUUCUCCACUCCAAUCUCCUGCACCCACGUCUUCCACUCGCCGUUCUUCUCGCCUUAAGGCGAAGGAAUGAAGGUGGAGCUCUGUUUUCUUUUCCACCAGCAUCAAGGAAUACACAAAAGCUGAGAUGUUGAUGGCGUUUUGGAGACUUUUUGACAACAAUCUGUUGUUUGACUUUCCUAAAUCUGAUUACUGUUGUAAUCACGCUUAUAUACAACGUUGAUCAAUGUUCUAGUAUUGGUGCUAUGUUUGUCCACCUAUUGUUCUAUAUGUACAUGUUGGUAAAACUAUUCACGAGGUGAAAUUUUAGUAUGAGUCCUACUAUGACACUA